AUGGCAUCAAACACUUGCUCUUUCAUGUAUCGAGAUCGCCGACUUGUUUGGUAUCCGCAUAUCAACAAGCCUGCGCCGAAGCGUGACCCUAAGUCACAUAUUGGGUUAAUCGUGAUGAAGGGACUUGCCUUUCAGCACGAGAUCACGUCGGACAUAGAUGGAUCCCUGACGUGCUUCGCUCUCACUUUGGAUACGCGAGACGACACGACCCUUACCCCGCCUUCUCCAGAAGUCGAAUGUAUAUUAUCGGAGUACGCCGAUGUACUCAUAGAGGAGCUUUCCAGAGAGCUGCCUCCAUUGAGGCACAUUCAGCAUGCUAUCGACUUGGUUCUCGGAGCAUCACUCCCAAACCUGCCGCACUAUCGCAUGGAGUUGGCCAAGUAUGAGGAGCUUAGCUGAUAGGUACAAGAGCUUUUGGACAAGGGACUCAUCCAACUGAGCCUUAGUCCCUAUGCCGUGCUUGCAUUACUAGCGCCGAAGAAGGAUGGCACUUGGCGCAUGUGCUGCAACAGUCGCGUGAUCAAUAGGAUAACGGUUAAAUACCGUUUUCUGAUCCCGCGAUUAUAG